AUGUUUCGUCGGAAUAAGAAGUCGGAGGCUGUAUAUGAAAAGUCAGCUAGAAAAUUCUUUACUCACAAAGAAAUUACACAGCGCAUUAAACAUUUAAAAAACUUAGUCAAAACAUUGCCCACAGCGCAGAUUCAAAAAUUCUUCUCAGAUUAUCACUCCCAGAUUUUUUACACCUUUUACGAUUCGUUCGACUCAGAAGUCCGAUCAAAAUGUAAGAUAUUUUACAUCUUACACCAAAUAGGUUCACUUGGCCACACAAAGGACCUAGAGAACCACUUCGGAUCCUGGCUUAUUUGCCAGAGCUUAUUCGUUCACACUGGCAGUAUGCGUGUAUAUGUGAGUUCUCUUUCAAGGGCAAUAUUUUUAGUCGGACUGAUACGCGAUCUUCUUCAUCCUAAGAACAUUUUUCAAUUGCAAAUAUACGGCCUUCGAAUGUUCUUAAUAUGGUAUCAAAUUCUUGGAAAUAGUGCCACAGAAGAAUGUCGAGAACUGUUUAUACAUUUAGUGCCGGCCAUUGGCGAAGUCCACGAUUUCUACAAGAAAACGAAAGGUACAAUUGCAUUUGCAAAUAACAACUUUGCAAUUAGCUACUCAAGAACCAGACAAGACGUCCGCAUUACAUCGUAUACCUUCCUCCUCCCCUGGCGUUACUUUUCAGGAACCAAUGCCAAUUUUGACUUCGGGCAACACGGAUGA